AUGACAAUAAAUUUUCAACUUAAAAUGAAGAAUUUCAGAACACCUCUUUUAUCUCGACCCUCCCAUCCAAUGAUUACAAGAAGAGCUGCUGUAAUCGGAUUUUAUGAAUGUUCAGAAAAAGGCACUUGUUUCAUUGAUUUUGUCUUAUAUGGAAAAACUAUGCAAUUAAUUAUCUUUUUUUUUUUUUUUUCUAUAGAAAAAAUUAGAGUUGGUAGAGAUUAUCAGGCAAUUUGCCCUGAAUUUAUUCCUGCUGAAGAUAGGAAACCUGAAAAUGAAGUUAACGACAGAGCAUUAUUAGUGUGGUCUCCAUCUAAAGACAUAUCUGAUGAUCAAUUGGACAAAUACAUUCAGAUAGCUAAAGAAAAAUAUGGUUAUAAUGGUGAACAAGCAUUGGGAAUGUUGUUCUGGCACAAGCAUGAUUUAGAAAAAGCAGUUUUAGAUUUAGGAAAUUUCACUCCUUUUCCUGAUGAAUGGACAGUUGAAGAUAAAGUUCUUUUCGAACAGGCCUUUACAUUUCAUGGAAAAACAUUUCAUAGGAUAAGACAAAUGUUGCCGGAUAAAUCAAUGGGUUCUUUAGUCAAAUACUAUUAUUCAUGGAAAAAGACAAGAACUAGAACGUCUUUAAUGGAUAGGCAAGCUAGAAAAUUAGGAGGUGUAAAAGAAGAAACAAGUGAACUAGGAAGCGAGCAGGGUUCAAAUACAGAUUCUGAAAGUGAAGAAAAGGAAAAUGAAAUUGAUUUCAGAAAAACUGGAAACAUUCGGCCAACGGUCGGGCCAUUGAGAGGUCGCGACAGACACAGUUAUAAUGUAUUCAAAAAAAAAGCUAAACCUCCUAGAGGAAUGCAUAUUGACCAUGAAGAUUUGGUUUCUUUGGCUUCGCAACAUUCUCAAAUUUUAUUUAAUAAUUUAGAUCGUGAAAUAUCUUUUCUUAAGCGUCAGGUCCAAAAUAACAAGCAAACGUUGAGUAGUAUGAAAAGGAAAUUAAAUGAAAACAUUCAAGAAUUGCGUCCUCCGGAAAAUAUAUCCCGUAUUAAUUCUCGUUGGACAAACGAAGAACUUAUGUUAGCCGUUCAAGGAGUGAGAAAACACGGGAAAAAUUUUAAAGCAAUCGCCGAAAUAAUCGGAACUAAAACGGAAGCCCACGUUCGUAAUUUCUUUGUGACGUAUAAAAAAAAAUACAAUCUUGAUGUUGUACUAAAAGAAUUCGAAGCAGAAAACGGACUUAUCGAUUUGUCUGAAGAAAAAGAUGAAAAAAAGGAAGAAAAAAUUAAUUCGGAAAAAAAUUAA